AUUGGGUUCUCAUUUGACCACUGCUAAGCGUCCGCCAUCUUUGCUCGGUGGGGCCAACUGAAGGUGUCUCCCUCCAGGUAAACAAUCCUGCAGUAUUGAGGGCUCAGACUAACCAAAAUGCCCGUACGGGGAAACACAUUUAAGAUAUUUGUGGGAAAUCUCAGUGACCGUGCUACAGGCGCUGACAUUCGAGACCUGUUUGAAGCUCAUGGUACAGUGGUAGAAGCAGAUGUUGUGAAAAACUAUGGCUUUGUUCACAUGGAAAAGGAAGAAGAGGGCCAGGCAUCGAUUGAAGCUCUGAAUGGUCAUUCACUUCAUGGGAAGCCGAUGGUUGUUGAAGCUUCCACUGGUGCUAGGAAGGGGGGUAACCAGAAGACAAAAAUCUUUGUUGGUAAUCUUCACAAAGAUUCCAAACUUGAAGAGAUGAAAAGUCUCUUUGAAGUGUAUGGGAAUGUGGUCGAGGCUGACAUUCUAACGAACUAUGCUUUUAUUCACAUGGAUGAUGAGGCUCAAGCACAACGAGCAAUUCGAGAGCUUGAUGGAUAUGAGCUCCACGGUUUACGUCUGAGAGUCCAAGAGUCAACUUCACGUGUUCGGCAGCAAGCUGGGAUGGGAAAUCCAGACAUGUGUUACCGCUGUGGAUCUGGUGGUCAUUGGUCAAAGGAGUGUCCAAGAGAUGGACGCAUUGGGGGCUCUCGCUACCCUGAACGUGAACGAGGUCGCAGCUUUGGGAGUCGAUAUGACCCAUACCCCCCACCACCACCCCCAAGCUAUGCCAGGGAGCGCAUGCUGCGUUACAGGGAUGAUUUUGACAGAUAUGAUCGGUAUGAUCGCUAUUACGACGAGGGACUAUAUGAACGUCGUUAUGGCGAUCAUCCUCCACCGCCUCCACCGAUGCUAGAUGAUCUGUAUGAGCGACGCCUCCCUCCACUGCCUCCUUAUCCUGAUUACUUACGUUAUGGACGGCGCUCACCACCUCCACGUUACCCUCCUCCUCCUCCACCAAUGCGCGGUUACGGCCCACCGGACCGCCGGCCAUACUAAGCGCGCGACAUAUGCCGGGAGCACCGCCGCUGAUCCCUCGAUCGUGGUGCGGGCGCGGUAGUGUGGUGUCAGCGUGUAUUCGUAACGUCUCUUGUAGCGUCCGCGUCGGCUCCGCCCGGAUCCAAACCGCCGCCGUGGCUAUGCCGUGCCGCGCUGCUCUAGCAACCUGGGAUGGGCAUACGAAGCUCAUUCAUGAUACCCCCAAAGGGCAUUACCCUGUAACUGAAUACCACUGUCAAUCCGUUUAAUUUUUCUUUAGGGUUAGAAAUUAUUGUCAAAUCGAUAAGUUUUCUCGGUUAGUAUCAGGUAAUGUUCCUUAAGUUCCUUGUUUUAUAUUUUGUUGUAAUAUAGGCUACAUUGUAAUGUGAAUGUUGAGGAAUAAUUACAAAUAAAAGCAAAAACCGUACAGAAUUAA